AAGGAGUGGGGAAGGGAGAACAGGGAAGAGGCGGAGGAAGGCGAGUAGCCAAGAGCCAGCGCGAGGCGGUCGCCCAGGCCCCGCCCCCCCCCCACACCAUGCGGCUGCCAAGGCAACACCCCUACGUGAUCCUCCUCCUGGCCUUGGUCGCCUUGCUGGCGCUGCUGCUGCUCCUGACCAGCGAGUCACCGCCCAGCUGCUCUGCUCCCGAGAGGUCCAAGGAGCCUGAAGAUGACCCCGGGUGGGCCCCGAGACACCCACGCGCACACCCCGCCCCGUGCCGGGCUAAUCUGUCCGUGUCCUCGCACCCCGACUUCAAGAGGCUGCCCUCGCACGUGCGCGACUUCCUGUUCUAUCGCCACUGCCGCGACUUCCCAGUGCUCCGAGAGCCGCGGGUAACCAAGUGCGCGCAGCCCGUGUUCCUGCUGCUAGCCAUCAAGUCCUCGCCUGCAAACUUUGGGCGCCGCCAGGUGCUGCGCACGACGUGGGCGCGCGAGAGACGGGUGCGUGGGGCGCCGCUGCGCCGCCUCUUCCUCGUGGGCUCAGACCGCGACCCACAACAGGCACGCAAAUUCAACCGACUGCUGGAGCUGGAGGCGCAGACAUACGGCGACAUUCUCCAGUGGGAUUUUCAUGACUCCUUCUUUAACCUGACGCUUAAGCAGGUCCUUUUCCUGGAGUGGCAGCUAACCUACUGUACCAACGUCAGCUUCGUGCUCAAUGGGGACGACGACGUGUUCGCGCACACGGACAACAUGGUCACCUACCUGCAGGACCGCGACCCGGACCAACACCUCUUCGUGGGGCACCUGAUCCAGAACGUGGGACCCAUCCGGGUGCCCUGGAGCAAGUACUUCGUCCCCACGCUGGUGAUGGCUGAGGACAGAUACCCGCCCUACUGUGGUGGCGGCGGCUUCCUGCUGUCGCGUUUUACCGCGGCUGCGCUACAUCGCGCCGCGCGCGUCCUCCCCGUGUUCCCAAUCGACGACGUGUUCCUGGGCAUGUGUCUGCAGCAGCAGGGGCUGGCUCCCGGGACGCAUAGCGGAGUGCGCACUGCGGGGGUGUUCCCCCCUAGCCCACGUGUGUCAUCCUUCGACCCGUGCUUCUACCGCGACCUGCUCCUCGUGCACCGCUUCCUGCCCUUCGAGAUGCUGCUGAUGUGGGAUGCACUGAGCCAGCCCCAGCUCGCUUGCGGCAGGCAGAGCCCCGCCUACUGAGAGGUUUGGGGGAGUUGACAUCCCCUAACUCACGUCCUCACCCAUGUGCAAAGGGCUGGCUUCAAGGAGAGGUUCAAAGUGAGGAGCAGCAAGGUGGGUCUGAGGAGUUAAUAGGGCGAACUCCUAAGUACGCUUGGAAACCCUCCUGGUACUGUUCACAGCAGGAACUCGGAGUCAGCCCAAUCUGAGUGGCUGCUAAGCAAAACGUGCUGUGGACAGAGCCCAGGGGUGUCAGGCUCUGGCCUCAGACUGGGCUUUGGCCUCUCUCAGGCCCCCAAGGAAUUGGGCAGAGGAAGAAGGUGAAUUUUAAACUGAGGGGCUCAGAGAUCUUGACUUGACCCCCAUUGGUGUCUCCCAAGAACGUGGAGCACCACAUGGGCAGGAGGGGUCCUGUGUCCCACAGAUGGGGGCUGACAGGAAAUAAAGUCCAUAGAAGGCUGAAGGUCUACAGUGUGGGGAGGGUGUAAGAUAAAACUCGGGGCUCUGCCACCUUUUAAUUUUAUCGAUUUAGGAAGGGAGCCAGGUCCUGUCUUCCUCUGUUUGGGUCCUGGGGCUUGAACUCAAAUCUUCAGGCUUGGCAGCAAGAGCCUCCAUUAACUGAGCCCUCUCGCCAGUGCCUUUUUUAGUUUGUCAGCACUAUUCACGUUUUAACACCUGCUACUCUACCCCACCUCUCUUUGAACUUCAAUAUUAACUCAUUGUAACAUGUUCACAUCUACAGUAUGGCUGUAUGUGGCUCCUGUCUCCUCUUGCUCCCUUCCCUGUAGCUACUUUGUGGGUUCUUUUUCUUCCAAAAUUGCAACCCCCCAACACCAGAUAGGAGAGAAAAAAGGAUAGAGAGGAAGGAAAAGAGAUCCCCAAUAAAGUCUCGGCGCUUGGAAAGGGGGUAACAUCACUGCUAAUCCUGCUGAUUCCUUGGGGCAAGUUUUGACCUUCACUGUCAGUAUAUCUAUUUUUUUCUUGUUGUUGUUUCUUCUUCGAGGACGACUACUUAGCAAACCUCAACUAACAAGAACAACCCACCCUCUGGGUCCAAGCAUUUAUAAACCCUCUAAUGAGUCCCCAGAAUUCCAAACAUCACACAAUUGCAGAAACUAUCUGCAGCUGCAAAAUCCCAUCUCUGCUAUAGCACAAAGCAAUUCAUAGUCAGCUGCUGUGGACCAUCUGCGGCAUUCCCAUACCCCACACCUGGGAUCAAAAUGAAAACGCUUUCCUAUAAUAUUUCUGGCUGCUUGUUUGUGUUUGUUUGUUUUUCCGAAACAGGGUUUCUCUGUGUAGCCCUGGCUGUCCUGGAACUCACUAUGUAGACUAGACCAGGCUGGCCUUGAACUCAAAAAUCCACCUGCCUCUGCCUCCCAAGUGCUGGGAUUAAAGGUGUACGCCCGGUAAUAUUUCUGUUUUUUUAAAGAAACCCAAAUUCUCACUAUGCUCCCCGCCAUUCAUUUUUGAGAUUCUUUCCCAAGAGACAUGGUGGACACCAUGCAGGGAAUCUCAGUGCAUCUCUGCUCUCCCCAGCCCAGCUCUCACACCCUUCAGAGCUCCUGAAGCCUCAGCAGGGAACAGGGAACCUUCCAGACCAAUCUGGUCUCCCCCACCUGGCUGCCUCAGCCCUGGUUGAGCUCAGUUCUGAUCCUACACUGCUUACCACCUUGUAGUUAUUCUGUUUUGUGUGUGUGUGUUUUCUUUAAACACAGGGUCUCAUUUGUCCAGGCUGGCCUUGAUAGCCAAGGCUGACCCUUAGAGCCAAGGAUGAUCUUGAACUCCUAAUCCCCUUGCCUCCAUCUCACCAGCCUGGGAUAACAUUGUGCAACAUACCUGGUGUGUUGGUGUUUCAGGAGUGCCAGGUCCCAGCCCAGCCCAGCCUUGUACUGUCUAUUGUGCACCUACUAUGUACCUCACAGCCUGGUAAAGAGCUCCUGACAAGCUUUGGUUUUCCCAGUGGAUCCUGGUGGUGCCUCAGGUCCAUGUGUGACCAGAGCAGAGUCACAUCCUGCAUCCCCCCUCCUUGUUGCUUUUCCCAGGGGGGGGAGUAUGAAGUUGCUUUUUUAUUUAGACUAUUCGGGACACAGGGAGGAAGUGGGCACAUGUCAUGAUGGGGCUCUUUGGGGACAGGACCUAUGGUCCUCGCUUUCUGCAAUCUACAAAUAAACUAAGGAUCCUCCAAGGCAAACCGGGGUGUUGCAAUGACACAGCCGGAAGGUGGGGAGCAAUUGAGGAUGCACCGCCUGAGCCCUGUGCCCCUUCAGUGGGGACACAGACCCAACAGGUCUUGCUGGGUGCAGCCAGUGAGACAGCAGCGGUGCACAGCGUUGGUGGCCGCGCUGCGGCGCUGGCGCUGAGAAGCAUGGCGAGGAAGCUGCGGGUCUAGCGCUGGAUCCGCGUCGGCGACCAGCGCGUGCAGGAGAUGUCUUUGCUCUAGCCACUGCAGCAGCUCCCCUGUGGGCGAACAGAAGUCAGCUUAAGUCCCUCACCGACACCGGCCAGAGACAAAGGAGCACAUAUAGAGCGCCUGCUGAAUACUACGUAACUCUCACCUGGUGCCACACUCACCUCCCAACUGUGUGUGCCCAUAUACCUACUGUACACCCCAGUUUGUGGCCAUGGAAGGGUGAGAUCCCUAGAACUGCACGCAGUCCUGGAUUCACCCUGUGAAACCCUGGACGGCACCCUCUGCUUCAGGAGGGGACCAUACAUUCCUACAAUCGCCACCCACGGCUGUGCCCAGGGACACAGGGACCUCUGUCCUCUUCAUCCUCUGGGCCUGGAGGUAGAGUUCCUGCCCAGAAUCCCCAGAAAGGGCCAUAUCCCUCCUGCUGAGGCAGGAGGGUUCCCGUGACUUUGAAAUGACUUUAGGUUUCCUAGUAAGAAUCUGUCUUUAAUAAAUAAUAAACUGACUGGUGGCUUAUGCCAGUCAGCUAAGUACUCAAGUCUAGUAAAACAAGCAGCUCAGCUUGACUACUUUGUGAGUUUGAGUCCAGCCUGGUCCACAUGAGACUCCGUCCCAAAAAUCCAAAAAUAGGGAAAAAUUAAAAUCUAAAAAUCCAUGA